AAACCAAAAAUAAAUAAAGAAUAAGAAAAAGAAAAAGAAAAAGCAAGAUCUGGCAACUGAUUGGAUAUGUGAGUGUGGAAGUGAAGGAGACCAAGGAGUAGAGAAUGAUACUGAGGUUGUAAAGGAAGGAGACAGGAAGAAUGGGAGGUUUCCUUGGUCUAAAAGUGCAAUUGGUGAGAACUUCCUUUAGAAAUUAAUCUUCUACUUGUGUCUUGGCUUGCCUGUGUGUCUUCAUCUGGCAUGCACAAAGAGCAGUAGUGUAUCAGAAGGCAUCAGGCUCAGGCACUAUGACUGAAAAGUGGGUGUCUAUUCUGCUGCUGCUGCAGCUCUGCUGCUUUGGAUGUGGAUCCUGUGGGAAGGUCCUGAUGUGGCCAUUGGAACAUAGCCACUGGCUUAAUAUGAUGGCAAUUCUUGAAGAGCUGGCACAAAGGGGUCACUUGGUGACUGUGUUAGUGUCUUCUGAUAUGUUUCUCACUGGUUCCACUGACUCUUCAGGGCUGAACUAUGACGUUUUUCCUGUACCGGAAAUAAAAGAACUGGUGGACAACUUGGAUAUUUUUUUGAGCGUGAUGAUUAACAAAAACCCCACUUUUUCACACUGGGAAAAACUGGGAAUUUCAAGAAUCUUUCAGCACUUAUUUUCUUGUUGUAAAAUCAAGCUGCAACAAACUGGCUAUGAUAUGCUGUUAGCAGAUGCUGCAUUUCCAUGUGGAGAUCUGAUAGCGGAGGUGCUUGAAAUCCCUUUCAUAAAUAGUCUCCGGUGGAGCAUGGGGAAUGCCUAUGAGAAAUACUGUGGGGGACUUCCUUCUCCUCUUUCCUAUGUGCCCAUGCCCAUGGGCAGACUGACUGACAAGAUGACCUUCAUGGACAGGGUGGAGAAUAUACAACUAUCUCUCUUCUUUGACUAG